UUGUUUUGGAAUGGGAAAGCGCAAGUCUCGAAAGAAGCCUAUUCAGAAACCAAAAAAGCCAACACUUGAUAAAGUUUUCAACUGCCCUUUUUGUGGACAUGAAAAGACAGUAGACUGUACCAUUUCCAAGUCAAAGGGAAUUGGUUCGGUUUCCUGUAGAGUUUGUCAAGCCUCUUAUACAGCAGAAGUUACACACUUGGAUGAAGCUGUAGACGUAUAUGCCGAAUGGAUUGAUAAAACUGUCCAAGCUAAUAGUUGAGAAUCACGAGUAAUGACGAACAAGAGACUUGUGUGUGUACCUCACACAACAGUUGGUUGACUUGAAAAUAACUCAUCGCCACCUUUAGAAUAUUCCAAAACUAAAUGCCUGCCAUAGAAAUGGGUAUCUUUCAAAGAUUGC